AGCCCUACGUGUGAUCACCAUUAGACGUGUGACAGAGGGUGUCCCGUGUACUGUGUAGUACUGACGUCAGUGUGACUCGGGCAGGACAGGAGGACAGCUGAGCAGGGAGCGGUGGAAACUGAGCACCCGCAGACAGGAGGAGCAACUGUGUUUUGAUGGGGCUGGGAGGAUGAGUGUUACAACACCGUUUGUCUACUGUGACAGUGAGCGCCUCUGUCUCGGUGACUCCAGACCUUGAUCGCGCACGUGAAGACUACUGGCAAAGCGAGGUCACACAUUGACCUCUUUACUUGCGAUCCAGUUCUUUUCCUGCUGACGGUUCCUAGGGUAUAGGAGCCGAGACGUUGGACAUUGUGAUAGCUGGAGACUAAAAACAAAAACAAAAAACUCCCCAAAACAUUGUGACCAGUGACAAUCUGUGAAAUUCUGUGUCACCCGAAACUCCCUGCGUGAUAGGCCUACACACGCCUGCGACCAGUGACGUUGUUCAACAGAAUCCGUGACGUAGAACGCAAGCACAGCUGACGUCACUAUCAUGAGCGCGGCGAAGAUGGUGGCAGAUUCCACACAGGCGGAGCCCGCCGACACGGCCGAUGGGAAGAAGAGGAAGAAAAAGCUCAAGAAGACCGGCAAGAAAGUGUCCCUUCCAGAAGACGAGGACUCCGACCUUGACCUGAAGAAAGAGCUGCAGCCAAUCAGCGCCUUCGUCAAGUCACGUGCUUCCAUGGUGGAGGAAAUGUUCCAUGCCGUCCGCGGGGCCAGCCUACAGAGGGCGCUGCCAGAUCUGCUCAAGGCGAGGAGUCGGCCAACAUCUCCUCCUCCGGCACUGAGGACGACACCACCGACGAGGAGACGGAGCCGGCAGAGAAUGCCUGUGUUGACAGAAGCGCUGCCUCAAACUCUG